AUGCCAGGUCACGUGAAGCUCUCCCAGGAGAGCGCCUUGAUUGCCUUCUUCCUGCGUGAUCCCCAAAAGGAUGAUUCUGGCCCAGAAGACAACAUCUGGAAGGGCAUCCUCUCUGUCAUUUUUUUCUUUCUCAUCAUCAGCGUGUUAGCUUUUCCCAAUGGUCCGUUCACCCGCCCUCACCCAGCGUUAUGGAGAAUGGUUUUUGGACUCAGUGUGCUCUACUUCCUGUUCCUGGUCUUUCUCCUCUUCCUGAAUUUUGAGCAGGUGAAAUCCAUAAUGUAUUGGCUAGAUCCAAACCUUCGCUAUGCCACCAGGGAAGCAGAUAUCAUGGAUUAUGCUGUCAACUGCCACGUGAUCACGUGGGAGAGGAUCGUCAGCCACUUCGACAUCUUUGCCUUCGGCCAUUUCUGGGGCUGGGCCAUGAAGGCCUUGCUGAUCCGAAGCUACGGCCUCUGCUGGACCAUCAGCAUCACCUGGGAGCUCACGGAGCUUUUCUUCAUGCAUCUUCUGCCAAAUUUUGCCGAGUGCUGGUGGGACCAAGUCAUCCUGGACAUCCUGUUGUGCAAUGGUGGUGGCAUCUGGCUGGGCAUGGUCGUGUGCCGGUUCCUAGAGAUGAGGACUUACCACUGGGCCAGCUUCAAGGACAUUCACACGACCACGGGGAAGAUCAAGCGUGCCGUGCUACAGUUCACCCCUGCGAGCUGGACCUACGUUCGCUGGUUUGACCCCAAGUCUUCAUUCCAGAGAGUGGCUGGCAUCUACCUUUUCAUGAUCAUCUGGCAGCUGACAGAGUUGAACACCUUCUUCUUGAAACACAUCUUUGUUUUCCAAGCCAGUCACCCACUGAGUUGGUGCAGAAUCCUCUUUAUCGGCGGCAUCACGGCUCCCACAGUGAGGCAGUACUACGCGUACCUGACGGAUACACAGUGCAAGCGCGUGGGGACCCAGUGCUGGGUGUUUGGGGUCAUUGGGUUCCUGGAAGCCAUUGUUUGCAUAAAAUUUGGGCAAGAUCUCUUCUCCAAGACCCAAAUACUCUAUGUUGUGCUUUGGCUUCUUUGUGUGGCCUUUACCACUUUCCUGUGCUUGUACGGCAUGGUGUGGUACGCAGAGCACUAUGGCCACCGCGAGAAGACCUAUUCAGAGUGUGAGGAUGGCACCUACAGCCCAGACAUCUCCUGGCCUCACGGGAAGGGCACCAAAGGUUCUGAAGACAGCCCUCCCAAGCAUUCAGGCAACAACGAAAGCCAUUCUUCCAGAAGAAGGAACCGGCACUCCAAGUCGAAAGUCACCAAUGGCGUUGGAAAGAAGUGAACACGCCUGGCUCGUCACAGAUGCUCCGGAGAGUGCCUGGAACAGAGAGGGGCGCGGAACUGGCGCGGACCUCCCUGCUCGGAGGUCACAACAUACCGAGCAAACAGGAAGAGGAGAGGGGACUUGCGGGCAAUAGCAGUUGCGGUUUGAGCAUGGACAUCUUGUUUCCCACAGAGCUGGCCACCCCUGGGCCGGCCCAUGAGGGCCCAGGGCCCUGUGCCAGGCUGGCAUCUCCUGCAGCGCCAGCACCUGGCAUGUGGGCACCGGGCGCCGUAGGGUGUUGGCGAGGGGAAGAGCAGCCCUGCUGGGGCGUGCCGCGGAUGGAUCACCGACGCCUUCGCUCAGACAAGGCACUGGCUAUACCGUCAGGGGACUUGCUGCCCGUUUUCAGUUUUCUGGACCCGCCUUUUCCACUUGCGUGAUGUGUUUUGAAGUCCAGGCCCCAAUUCUGACCUUCUUUGUUGUUGUUUGUUGUUUAAGUUAGGAUGCCUCUACCCCUUCCGAAGCCACUGCGGGAUCUGAGAAUUGGGGAAGACCACCUUCCCUCUUGGAUUAAAAGGAGUGGGUAGGGGGGUUCUGGGCGACCGCUCAGCAUCACCCCUCGGCCUCCAUUUAAGCACCUUAGGCAACACGGAGACGGGUUCACACCUGUCUGAGGAAAGGCAGCUAGCUGCUCGGGAUCCCGUGUGCAAGACUGGCGCCCAGUGCCAGAGUGAGCCCGUGAUGGAGUGUGUGACCAUGGCGGCCGACCCCACAGCCAGGUGCCUUGUCCAUUCAAUCCGUUGGCCUCUCACCCGCGCUGCUGGCAUUGUCUUCUGGUCCUGUGUGAGGUGUUGGUAAGUAUGACCCUGUGCCCGUGCCACGCCUGAGAACAUGACCCCGCAGCCGAACACCCCCAUGGGUCUCUGUCUGUUUUAAAUAAACCAAUUCCCACGACA